CUCUUGAAGGAACCUAGAUGGAACGCAACAGGAUUGGUGGAUGACCUGUCAUGGUGUGGCCCAGCGCCAAGACCUUAUGUCUUUAUAUACUGUUAACAGAUGACCAGACAGUCCUGAAUGUGCAUUGCUACCCACACUGUCUCUGCCUCUCCGGUUGUCUCUCAUCACCUCUGCAAGCUGCUGCCACUGCAUUUUGUGCUGCUCCUCUGAAGAAGACUAUCUUGAAUAAAGCACAGUUUGACUCUUGUAAAAAAAAAAGAUGGCUCUUCAGAUGCUUCUCCUGACAGUAAUGUCCAUGUCGGUUCUGGCUUGGAACUUCCAAGCGGAGGCAACCUACCAUCCCCGCCAGACAGUCCACCACGAACACUCUGCUAACAUGGAAAACCUCCUGCCCGAAAACCUCCUGCUCGAAGUCGUGCCCAAAGUCUUGCCUGAGGUCUUGCUUGAGGUCUCCCAUCCUGUCAACCUCAGCCGCACUUUCUAUGGGAUCAUGUUCGAUGCUGGGAGCACAGGCACCCGGAUCCACAUCUACACAUUUAUCCAGAAAGACCCAGUUGAGCUGCCAGUUCUGGACAAUGAGAUGUAUCAUGCGGUGAAGCCUGGUCUGUCUGCCUAUAAAGAUAAGCCUGAAGAGGGUGGGAACACGAUCAGAGCACUGCUGAAGGUGGCCAAGAAGACGGUGCCAGAGGAUGAGUGGAAGCAGACCCCGGUGGUCCUGAAAGCCACAGCCGGGCUCCGCCUCCUGCCCGAGGAGAAGGCUAAUGCUCUGCUGGAUGAGGUUCGGGAAGUCUUUGACGAGUCCCCCUUCUUUGUACCGAACAACAGUGUCUCCAUAAUGAAUGGAACAAAUGAAGGAGUCCUGGCCUGGGUAACAGUGAACUUUUUGACAGGUCACUUGUAUGCCAAAACCAGGAAGACAGUGGGGAUCCUGGACUUGGGUGGAGGAUCUACCCAGAUCACUUUCCUUCCAAAAUCAAAGAAAACAGUUUUCACUGCCCCAGCCAGUUACAUUGCCAACAUCAACAUGUUCAACCACACUCUACAACUCUAUACUCACAGCUACCUUGGAAAUGGACUUGUAGCGGCUCGAUUGGCAACUCUUGGGGCUUUGGGGGCUGAUGGUCUGGAUUGGAAAGUUUUCACAAGUUCCUGUCUACCCAAGAAAUUCAGAGAGGACUGGACUUUUGGUGGAAUCACCUACAAAGUUAGUGGAAUUCCUGACGGCUAUGCAGGUUACAAGCUGUGUUACUAUGAGGUGAUGAGGGUGGUGAAAGGCAUCGUGCACCAGCCGUUUGAGGUGAAGGGCAGCAGCAUCUUCUAUGCCUUCUCCUACUACUUUGACAGAGCUGUGGAGUCAGGCCUCAUCGAUGGCAGUCGCGGUGGUAUGGUAGAAGUCAGGGAUUUCAAGAAGAGAGCCAAAGAAGUGUGCAACAAGAUGACCAAGUACCGUCCCAUCAGUCCCUUCCUCUGCAUGGAUAUGACAUAUAUCACCUGCCUGUUGAAGGAGGGCUUUGGCUUCAAGGACAACACAAUGCUGCAGCUCGCCAAGAAGGUGAACAACGUUGAGACAAGUUGGGCCUUGGGAGCUACAUUCGAUCACUUCAACAACCUCAACAUCCACUAAGGGCAGCUAUCCUAACUGUCUGCAGGCACUGAGAGGGACAGCCUGUUACUUGGGGCAUCUCCUCUGCCACCGACCCCUGACUAGCCCCUC